CUUCCAGAGCCGUCACCAGCUCGCAUCUCGAGGGUUAGCAAGUACUCUUUGCAGUCUGCCGCGAUCACAAUGAAGUUUGUCCUCGUACUGUCCGCCAUUUUGGCCAUGGUUGCUGCGGAGGCCGAGCCCGAACCCGAAGCCAAACCCGAACCCGAACCCCAGUUUGGCAUUAACCCUUACUACCGCAAUUCCCCCUACUUCUACAAUAGGCCUUACAACCACUUCGCGAGGACCAUCCACGACUACCGCCAGAACAACAACAGGGGCGCCUUCGACUACGACUUCCGGACCGAGAAUGGAAUCAGCGCCGCUGCUUCUGGAAGGCCAGGCCUCAGAGGGCAGAGCAACAUCGCUGGAACCUACAGCUACCAGCAUCCCGAGGGAAACGUGGCUCGCGUCGACUACGUGGCUGACGAAUUCGGCUACAGGGCCCGCUCUCCCCUCAUCCCUCCCAUCCCCGCCCACUCCCUGCAGCAGAUACGUAAAGCCGAGUAUGAGCGCGCCCGUGGGAUCCGCUGGUACUAGAUGGCUCCUUUCUUCUAUCCUCUGGAGGAUUCCUGGAUGUCGUCGCCUGACCUUCGAUGGAGAUGCCUUUGAUACGCGCCCUAACGAAUAAUUCGCCUCUAGCACUAACCGAGCUUUUGAACUGCUGAAACUUUCCCACUUUUAUUUGCAGAUUCUUUUUAAGCCUCUUUGUGCAAGUGUCCAUCUAUUUUUUUUUUUUUUCAGUUGAACUUAUCCCAUAACACAGAUCGUCCAAAAAUAUUUCAAUGUCUUACAAAGUGAAUGUCCAGCAUUGUAACCUUGGAACUCAAUUUUUUUUCUCAUUUUUUAUGUAUUUGUAUCUGUCUGCUUUUGUCACUUGGCUGCUUGAAUAAAAACCAAAAAUAAGCAA